ACGUAGCCUACAGUUGAACUGAAGGAAUACGCUCAUAGAUGUUUAAGCUCUGCCCGACAACACACUUUUCCACUGCUUCGAAAUACGAAACUCAACUUCCGGGUUGAAGUCGACGCGCAGAAGAGGACAUCCGAAAGCCGUCAUAUCCAAUCAUAUGGGCAUUUUGCAGCUGUUGUAUGAUUAUUGCUGACAUCGACUGUAAAUUGCGAAGUUGGGGAUAUAACGGAGCGAAUUUUUCGCAGCCACGGCCCAUGAAAGCCCUUCUGCAGUGCACUGAAUGAUGACAACAGCUUCCAACGUUUUCCAAGGCACAUGAAGACUUGCCCAUUGGUGGAGCUAGCAUCAUACAGCUUGCUAGUUGGCUAUUUUAAUUUCAUUUCGACAGUGCAGUGCAGCCGCCAUUGUUGUUAGUUACACAUUUUGGUGUAACUAACUAUCGGGGUUUUUGUUUUAAUAUCUGGGCCUAUCUUGUAUUUGUAUGUGUGGUGGUCUGUUAUUAGCAUUUAGCACGCAAGGUCCACUGUAAAACAAGGCAAUACAAGCCCAAAUAACUAGCUAGCUAAGUCAGCUAGCAUUAUUGCAGCUAUUAGGCUAAAUCUGACAGGUAAACAAAAGAAGACUGCUUACACGAAACUGUACACAGUCGCGAGGCGUGUGUACCUUUGCAUUUGUUGAACCAGUCCCUUGAGGGGGAACAAAAGUCAUGUCUCACGGAAAACGAAAAGAGAUCUACAAAUACGAGGCACCAUGGACUGUGUACGCGAUGAAUUGGAGCGUUCGGCCCGACAAGCGCUUCCGUCUGGCUCUUGGCAGCUUCGUGGAAGAAUACAAUAAUAAGGUUCAGCUGGUGGGUCUGGAGGAGGAAAGCUCAGAGUUUGUGUGUCGGAACACCUUUGACCACCCGUACCCCACAACUAAAAUCAUGUGGAUCCCAGACACCAAAGGGGUGUAUCCCGAUUUAUUGGCCACAAGUGGGGACUAUCUCCGUAUCUGGAGGGUGGGAGAGACAGACACGCGGCUGGAGUGCCUCCUAAACAACAACAAAAACUCUGACUUUUGUGCCCCCCUCACCUCUUUCGACUGGAACGAAGUUGACCCAAAUCUUUUGGGCACGUCCAGCAUAGAUACCACCUGUACCAUCUGGGGGCUGGAGACAGGACAGGUCUUGGGUCGGGUCAACUUGGUUUCGGGCCACGUCAAAACACAGCUCAUCGCUCAUGACAAAGAGGUUUAUGACAUUGCAUUCAGCCGGGCGGGUGGAGGUCGGGACAUGUUUGCGUCGGUGGGGGCAGAUGGCUCGGUGCGCAUGUUCGACCUGCGCCACCUGGAGCACAGCACCAUCAUCUACGAGGACCCCCAGCACCACCCGCUGCUGCGCCUCUGCUGGAACAAGCAGGACCCCAACUACCUGGCUACCAUGGCUAUGGACGGCAUGGAGGUGGUGAUUUUGGACGUGCGAGUGCCCUGCACUCCAGUGGCUAGGCUGAAUAAUCACCGGGCGUGUGUGAACGGCAUUGCCUGGGCCCCCCACUCCUCCUGCCACAUCUGCACAGCAGCGGACGAUCACCAGGCGCUGAUCUGGGACAUCCAGCAGAUGCCGCGCGCCAUCGAGGACCCCAUCCUGGCCUACACGGCCGAGGGCGAGAUCAACAACGUACAGUGGGCCUCCACCCAGCCCGACUGGAUCUCCAUCUGCUACAACAACUGCCUGGAGAUCCUGCGCGUCUGAGAGCCUGAAUGUCUGAGCCUGGCAACAGAGAUGCGGGAGGACUCUUAUUCACUUUCAUACACACACCACACAAACACACAGACACUUACAUUCACUCACUCACUCUCUCCAUUUCUUUAUCUGUCCUAUUUCUCUCAUAAACUUCUGUCUCUUCUCUCUCCUGCUCUGUCACUCUUUGACAGCCCUUUCACAAUCUUUGCUGUUGUGAUCUUCAGGUUGGUCUUUCCAGUCUUUUCCUAUCCAUCUGGUCUAUUCAAUCUCUCUCUCUCUCUCUCUCUCUCUCUCGUGUUCCAUAUCUCUGUCUGCCCUGUUGUAUUAUUCAUCCCAUUGUACAUGGUCAUGGACGUAGACAUGAGCUCCCCUCCAAAAUUUGGAAAGGACCUGCGGGCGCCAUGUUUUCAGUAUUUAUAAAGCUUGACACUGAUACAGAUGUUUUUCAUCAUGGCGUCGUGGUGCUGUUUGAUAAUGUAGUAGUAGAUCAUCUGGAUUUGAAGUGCUUUCAGUACGAGUUCAUCUCUCGAGUGGCUUUGUACAGCUUUACUGCUUAUUUGUAAUGUUCACAAAAAAUGUACUCUUGCAGGUUAGGUCUUUUGUUUUUUCGUUUGUUUGAAGUUUUUGUGUUUUUUAUUUCUUUGUAUUUGAUGUGCUAUUUUUUUUAGUUAUGUUUGGGGAAUUUUGAUGCAUUUCUGGUUUAUUAUUGACAUGUGGGUCAUUUGAAGGACUUCAACAACCCCCUUCCUUCUAAGGCCGAAGUGACUAGCCAUGAUAAAGGCAUUUGAAGAAGCUGCGGCACAACCAGCUGGUCUGAGAUCAGCUGCAUGUUUUAUUGGUGUGUUUUUGUGUUUGUUAUCAUUAUUAUUUCUAAAGUAGAUAUUUUCCUUUUGUGUCAAGACGAUACAGGAUGUGAAUUGAGACUAUUUAACGUUGUCUACGCGAGUCUGAAGUCAGUCAGGAAGGACACCACACAGAGAGAGGGGAGUUUUUCAGCCAACCAACACCAACACACAAGACAGAGAAACGCUGCCGCCCUCCUCUGAUCACAGCGGGUCUUGCCGUCAGAGACUUGGUCUUCACUUGGAACCGUCCUGCCUGUUCCCCCCCGUCUGGAAAACUAAAGCAACUAUUGUGCAGUGAUCGAGUUGAUUACUGUGUGUGUGUGUGUGUGUGUGUGUGAUAGAGAGUGUGAGUUUGUGUGAGAGAGAGAGAGAGAGAGAGAGGGCGAGAAAGGGUUGGAGAUGUGUGUGCCCAUAAACAGUGUUUAUUGUAUUUCUGAAAUGAGUCUAAAAACUCAAUGAACAGGAUCUUCUUCACUGAGUGUAACUAUAACAAAACAAUACUAAUAUUAAUCUUGUACUUUCCUUACACAUUGUGAUCCCUGGUUGCAGCUGAUCCUAGAAUGGAUGGAACUGGUCUAGAACCAGCUGCUUUCGGGCUUGUGUCAGAAUUUGUCACUGGGAUGUUCUGGGUCACAUUGAUCCACUUCUGGAAGGGGGUUAAAGUACGAAGCGAGUUUAGCGGAAGGUUGAGCCUCAAGCCAGAGGUUUAUUCAAAUUUGGCAAAAAUUUGUGGCAAACUUGUUUUCUUUAACCAUUUAAAUGUGAAUGUUUUGUGUAAGCUUUUUGUAAGUUAUUCACUGUAAACAGAAAGUGCAUGCAACAAUGCAAUAGCCACAAAUGUUCACCUUGUGUUUGCUGGACUUGAACACACCUCUAGCGUUAGACUCAACAUAUACCACUAAUCUCUUUUCACAGAAUACCCUCUAUUCCACUGUGUCUAGGCAGCCAUUUUGUUUUCUGUCAAGUUUGUUUGUUUGUUUUUCUAUGAUAUUCAGAACCAAACAGUAGCAUCUGUGAUUUGGGAAGACAUGAAAAAAUAGACAUCGCAAAUAUCCCCCAAUAUGUUAAUGUAGUUCCUGUCUACAUGUAAACUAGUAAUAAAUUAGAUGAUGAAAAUAAAUAUAUAAGCUCUAAAA